AUGGAAAGCUAAAAGAGACAAACGAGUGGACAGUCUUAAUCCAUGUCUUCCACUAACCAAAACGUAAACAAACGCAAGGAAAAGGACGUGAUGAAAUUGCUAAUCAGCGACUACGAUGUAGUUUGUGUCAAUGAAAUACUUAAUAACGAGUUCAUCAUUAGACUUAGAGGCCCAGCCAACUCAAACUACGACGGGGGUCAAUGGUUUGUAAGAGUAAUGCUUCCUGAAUAGUAUCCUUACAAGUCGCCAUCAAUUGGCUUUAUUAACAAAAUUUAUCAUCCCAAUAUAGAUGAACAAUCUGGAAGUGUGUGCCUUGAUGUGAUAAAUCAGACCUGGUCUCCGAUGUUUGACCUAGUGAACAUUUUCGACAUAUUCAUACCUUAGUUAUUGCUUUACCCUAAUCCUAAGGAUCCCUUAAAUGGAGAAGCUGCAAAUAUGCUUAAUAGAGAUGAAAAAGCAUAUAAUUAAAAAGUACGAGAUUAUGUGAAGAAGUAUGCGACAGUUGAGCAUUUGAAGUUAAAUUCAUUUUACUAAGAAAUGGAAAAGAAUUCAAAUUAAUUAAAAGCAGUAAAGAUAAAUCCAAUUCCAUAAAGUAACUUAGAAGAAGAAAAGGUUGACACCAAGAGAUUGCCUUUUAAAGGCAAAUCAGAUGAUGAUGAAGAUGACAGUUUGAGUGAAACAUCCUUGCUUGACAUGGAUGGCUCAGAUGAGGAUUAGGAUGAUUAACAAAGCGAUAUCUAAUCCGGAUCAGAUUCUGAUGAAUCCCAGUCGCAGAAUCAAUCAAAAAGCACCUAGAAAAAAUAGAAAAUUAUUAUCAAAGAAAUGAUCAAGUCAUCAUCGGCUUAGGUUAAACAGGCAUGA